AAAUAAAAUAAUUAAAGACUUUAUUUUGUAAAUCAUUUGUUGAUAACUUGCGGAUCAAAGUCUUGCGUUUCUCUCAUAUCUCUCUCAAAGAGAUUAAAAAAGAGUACAAAUUUUGAGCACAAGUUGUGGUGACUAACGAUGGGAUCCUUAAGAAUAUUAGUCGGAUGUAAGCGAGUCAUCGAUUAUGCCGUUAAGAUUCGUGUCAAACCAGACAAGAGAGGUGUGAUCACCGAAGGUGUCAAACAUUCACUCAAUCCAUUCGAUGAGAUUGCCAUCGAAGAAGCGGUUCGUCUGAAGGAGAAGAAGUUGGCCCAAGAGAUUGUGGCCGUCAGUAUCGGUCCGACUGCUUGUCAGGAAACGCUAAGAACUGCGUUAGCGAUGGGCGCCGAUCGGGCCAUUCAUGUGGAGGUCGACGACAAGUCCUACGAGACAUUGCAACCGAUUCAUGUGUCGAAAAUUUUGGCCAAAUUGGCCGCUCAGGAGAAAAUCGAUGUCGUGAUUGUCGGCAAACAGGCCAUCGAUGAUGAUAGCAAUUCUUCGGCACAAAUGACUGCCUCGUUGUUGGGUUGGCCGCAAGCGACCAAUGCGUCCAAAGUUGAUAUUAGCGGCACUGAUGCGACCGUUACUCGCGAAGUGGACGGUGGUCUCGAAACUAUUAAAUGCAAACUACCGCUUGUCAUAAGCGCUGACCUUCGGCUCAAUGAACCGCGUUAUGCAACACUUCCUAAUAUUAUGAAAGCAAAGAAGAAACCGAUAGACAAGAAAAAGGCGACCGAUUUGGGUGUCGACGUCGAGCCAAGGAUUGAGAUAUUGAGUGUCGAAGAGCCGCCUAAACGAGAGGCCGGAACUAAAGUCGAAUCAGUCGACGAUUUGCUUAAUAAACUCAAACAAUUGGGAAGAAUCUGAUUAUAUUGAAUAUACUCUACACUUAACAAACAAUUAUUGUUUUUCAAAUGGUUUAUACAAAAAAAGUUUUUAAUGCAAAUUAUAGUUAAAUGUUUCUAAUCUUUAUUUUUUAAUAAAUGAUAUUUUAAUUGAAUUGAAAUAUUUUUGUUGCUAA